AAGAAGGGUUGCGACCUGGUAGGUCACAGGAAUCCCGGUCUUGGCGCCCGCGGCUCCGGUAGCGGGGGCGGGGCCUGCUGGAGAGGUCCCCACCUCCUCCCUCGGAGAUAUAACAGGUCGAGGACUGCCACCCACCGCAGCGGAACUCCUGUCCUGGUCUCUCGCUUCGCUCUCCUCUCCAGACAAGAUGAGCUUCACCACCCGCUCCACCACCUUCUCUACCAACUACCGGUCCCUGGGCUCUGUGCGGACUCCCAGCCAGCGGGUCCGGCCUGCCAGCAGCGCAGCCAGCGUCUAUGCAGGUGCUGGGGGCUCUGGGUCCCGGAUAUCCGUGUCCCGCUCCGUCUGGGGUGGUUCUGUGGGGUCCGCAGGCCUGGCGGGAAUGGGUGGAAUCCAGACCGAGAAGGAGACCAUGCAAGACCUGAACGACCGCCUGGCCAGCUACCUAGACAAGGUGAAGAGCCUGGAGACUGAGAACAGGAGACUGGAGAGCAAAAUCCGGGAACAUCUGGAGAAGAAGGGGCCCCAGGGCGUCAGAGACUGGGGCCAUUACUUCAAGACCAUCGAAGACCUGAGGGCUCAGAUCUUUGCGAAUUCUGUGGACAAUGCCCGCAUCGUCCUGCAGAUCGACAAUGCCCGUCUUGCCGCUGAUGAUUUCAGAGUCAAGUAUGAGACAGAACUGGCCAUGCGCCAGUCUGUGGAGAGUGACAUCCAUGGACUCCGCAAGGUGGUGGAUGACACCAAUAUCACAAGGCUGCAGCUAGAGACAGAAAUCGAAGCGCUCAAGGAGGAACUGCUGUUCAUGAAGAAGAAUCAUGAGGAGGAAGUCCAAGGUCUGGAAGCCCAGAUUGCCAGAUCUGGGUUGACUGUGGAAGUGGAUGCUCCCAAAUCUCAGGACCUCAGCAAGAUCAUGGCGGACAUCCGUGCCCAGUAUGAAGAGCUGGCUCAGAAGAACCGCGAGGAACUAGACAAGUACUGGUCUCAGCAGAUUGAGGAGAGUACCACAGUGGUCACCACCAAGUCUGCCGAAAUCAGGGACGCUGAGAGCACACUCACGGAGCUGAGACGCACCCUCCAGACCUUGGAGAUUGACCUGGACUCCAUGAAAAACCAGAACAUCAACUUGGAGAACAGCCUUGGGGACGUGGAGGCCCGAUACAAGGCACAGAUGGAGCAGCUCAAUGCAGUCCUUCUGCACCUGGAGUCAGAGCUGGCACAAACUCGGGCAGAGGGGCAGCGCCAGACCCAGGAAUAUGAAGCUCUGUUGAACAUCAAGGUCAAACUUGAGGCGGAGAUAGCCACCUACCGCCGCUUGCUGGAGGAUGGAGAAGAUUUCAGUCUCAACGAUGCCCUGGACUCCAGCAACUCCAUGCAAACUGUGCAGAAGACAACUACUCGUAAGAUCGUGGAUGGCAAAGUGGUGUCCGAGACCAAUGACACCAGAGUUCUGAGGCACUGAGGCUGAGAAGGAGGGAACCCUUGGGGAUUGAGGGACCAAUAAAAGUUGAGAGCUU